GAUAGCCUAAACACUUAAAAAGUAACCACCAUAAUCGGUCCUGAGACUCCCGACAAGUGCUCUUAAUCCAAGAAAAAAAAAGACACGACACAAGUGUCCUCAAAGUGUGGAGAAAGACACUCUCUUCUUCAUGUCUAAACAAGACACCAAAUCAAACUUACAGAUCUCUGCUCUAUAAAAAGCUCACACCAUAUCCACAAAAAUCAACCUCAUCAACCAAAUCCACACAAUGUCUUCUACUUCUGCUUCACUUACACUCUUCUUCUUCUUCUUCUUUGCUUCUACAUUCCUCUACGCCAACGCAUUCAACAUCACACGCAUCUUAAACCUGAACAAUGAGUUCUCCUCUUUCAACAACCUCCUCUCCCAAACCGGGCUCGCUUCCACCAUCAACUCCCGUCAAACCAUAACCGUCCUCGCCCUUUCCAACGACGCAAUGUCCAUAUUCUCCGACCAAUCAACCGAAGACAACAAGAAAAGCCUCAGCCUCCACAUCGUCUUAGACUACUACGACAUCAAGAAACUCAAGAGUCUCAACAAAAGAUCAGUAAUACUCACCACUCUCUUCCAAUCAAGCGGUCAAGCCAAAGGCCAACAAGGGUUCAUAAACGCAACCGUUAUGAACAACGGUGACGUCAUGUUUGGAUCUGCGGUUCGUGGAUCUCUCCUUGACUCUAAGCUUAUAGACUCUGUUGCCACCCAUCCAUAUAACAUCUCGGUGCUUCAUAUUAGUAGUUACAUACCUAUAAUGAAUCCUGAAGGUCCUUCUGAUCAUGGUUCAUCAUCUACACCACUUCCUCCACAACCUCCUAAUGAUGAUGAUUAUACAUUUGACGAGCCACCAUCCCCACCUUCCUCUACUACUAAGCCUUUUGUUGCUGCUGCUACUGCCGCUACUGCUAAGCCACCUUCUGCUGCAAAAGCCAACUCCACAACAAGUGGAGUUUCAGCGAUUAAUGCUCCUGACUUGGCGUUUGCGUUUGCGUUUGUGAUCUCAUCCUUUUGGUUCUUCAUGACGGUCUAGUGAAUAACAACAGAGUGCAAGAAUGAAAUAAACCAGAUCAGCUUUCUGAAAGCCAGAAAAAAAAAAGUGGAGAUGAGCAGCAAAGCUUUCAAGCUUUUACACCCAAAACACAUAAGAACACUUCAAGCUUCAUAAUUUCUAUGGAAUAAGGCAACAAAAUCCAAAGAACAAAUAAAGUGACUUAUGAUAUACAAUAAGGAUGGAGAAAGUUGUAAAACUCAAAAUUUUCUUUAUUUGGAAGCUGUGAAUGAUUUGAAAUGUAAACAAUAAAGAAUAUAAAACAUGUAAGGUUUUUCUCAAUGUUCAAAAAUGGUAGAUGGUAAAUAGAUGCUCAGUAGAAUUUUAUAGUUAUAUUAGA